AUGGUAGAUUUGCAAUAGAUAUCUUAUGAAAAUGAAUUCGAGGAAUUGAAGUGUAUUGGCAGAGGAAAUUUUGGGGCAGCCUUUCUAGUCAAAGCAAAAAAUUUGCCUGAUGGUGCAGAGGAGAUUUACUUCAUCGCAAAAAAGAUAUUACUGGGUUAAUUAUCUUCGAAGGAAUAAGAAGGAGCUCUUCUCGAGGCUAAUUUGCUUAAAAACUUGACUCAUCCUAAUAUUGUAGCUUACAAAGGAAGUUUUAUUGAUAAGGGAAUUCUGAUUAUUAUUAUGGAGUUCUGCUCAGGUAAUCAUAUCAGUAUUAAUUAAUUUUUUUAAGUUGGUGAUUUAUCUUUCCAUAUAAAGAAGCGCAGAGCCAAAAAUGAUUUUCUGACUGAAACUGAAAUUAUGAACUGGUUUGUUUAGCUCUGCCUUUCACUUGAAUAUGUCCAUGGAAGAAAAGUUCUUCAUAGAGACAUCAAAUCUUAGAACGUGUUUUUAACAAGAAAUAACACUAUUAAACUAGGAGACUUUGGUAUUUCUAAAGUACUUGAGAAUACAAAUGAUUAAGCGAUGACUGUUCAGGGUACUCCUUAUUACAUGAGUCCAGAGGUUUGCUAGAAUAAACCAUAUACUUAUAAAUCAGAUGUAUGGGCUCUAGGAUGUGUAUUAUACGAACUUUGCACACUCAAGCAUGCCUUUAAUGCCGAAAAUUUAUUGGGUUUAGUCUUCAAAAUCGUUUAAGAUAAACAAGAUCCCAUUCCAGCCUAAUAUUCUGAUGAUCUUAAAGUACUUGUAUCUAAGUUGUUGAACAAAAAUGAUCAAGAGAGGCCUCAUGUCUUAGAUAUUCUUAAAAUGCCAUUCGUCCAAGCACACAUGCAAAAAUUUGUGGAAAGCUAGGGUAAAAUAUCACUAGCCCCAACAUUAAAUGUCAGAAAAGACCUCUAACCAUCUCAGGUUAUUAAGGACAAUAAUUUACAAUAAAAAGAUGUAAGUACUCUUACUGCGAAAGAAAUUCAAAGGCUAAAGAAAGAGCAGAGGGCAAGAGAAGAAUUUGAGUUAAUGAAGCAGGCAGCAGUUGAGGCUACUCAGAGAAGUAAUCAGGCGAAACAGAGAAAAUAAUAAGAAUUUCACUCUUCUUUUAAUCAAUCAUAUGCACAAGGAACCAUUAAAUCGAAUACUGGAGGUGCCAUGAUGCAAGGCACUUAAGGAAGUAAUAAUAGCAAUAAUAAUGGCAUGUCAAUGAGUUAGUCUCAAUUCGAAGAUAGCUUGAAUAAUAGAACUAUGCAAUAUACAGAGAAAUCAAGCACAGGGUUCUAAGAAGAUAUGCAAAGAGUUCAAUAGCCUAUAACUUAAUAUGAUAAGCCCUUUGUCUAGAAUAAAGAUUAUCUAUAGAGACCUGAUUACAUAAACUUGAAUCCAAACAAUGAGGGAACUCUUAACUCCUAAUUUUAGAAUUUAAACAUAACAGGUCGAUCGAAUGAUUCUCUUAAUCUCUCUGUAACAGGGCAAUCUAAUCCUGACUUCUUGGGUACAUUCAUCACAUUGAAUGAGGAAGAUAGGCAGAAGUAUUUGAAAGAUAACUUUAACCAAAAUAAUAAGCAAAAUAUGAUGAGUCCUAUUAGUGAAAAGGACACUGUAUAUGAGUAGACUAUUUCAAGCAAAGGUUAUGAUCAUAAAAUACAGCAGGUGAGUACAUUGUAGUCUAAACAGUAGAGUACCACUGAUGAGGAGGAUGAUGAGUACGACGACGAUUUUGAAGAUUAUGAAGAUGACUUCGAGGAAGAGGAUGAAGAAGACAAAUAAAAUGAAAAUCAAAAGAACUAAUCCUAAAAGAGCAAUACUGAACUUAAUCAGGUGCUAGAUCAAUAUAAAAGAGCACUUGAUCCCUCUCAAUUCAAGACUACAUUCACCGAGUCAUUUAAGCAAGGUCAGACUGCUUAGAAUUCUCAACCAUAAUAAAUUACUCCCAUGCAGCAAAGAUUAGAUCAAAAUAAGAGACUGAUAAGUGAUAAGAUCGGAGCAAAUCUAUUUAACAGAGUAUAUCAACUCAUAAUAAAUCACAGACUUAAUGGCAGUGAUGACAAAGUUAUAUAAGGAGAGAUAAAAAAUAUGGUUGGGAAAAACAGAGAGAUCUAGAAUUAUUGUUUCCAAAUAGAUCAAAUAGUAUUUAUGGAGAUUACUAAAUUCUGA